CUUUUUUUUGCAUUUGAUUUAAUCAAAUAUGAUUUCCAAAAAGAUGAACCAAUUAGAAAUAAGGAUGGUUGGUGUGAAAAAGUUAAGAAAGGUGAGGCUGGUCUUCUCAUUUCCAAAGUCAAUGCGAAGAACCCCUUCUUUGGAUAUGCUGGCAGUAAGAGUCACACAGAAAAGAAAUUACUCUGUGAAGUAUUUAAGAAGGGAGAUCUUUAUUUUAAUACUGGAGACCUAAUGGUUCAAGACCAUGAGAAUUUUCUAUAUUUUUGGGACAGGAUUGGGGAUACCUUCAGAUGGAAAGGGGAAAAUGUUGCAACUACAGAAGUUUCUGAUGUCAUUGUCAUGUUGGACUUCAUACAGGAAGCAAAUGUGUAUGGUGUAUCUGUGCCAGAUCAUGAAGGAAAAGCAGGAAAUAUUUUAAAGCAGAAUACAUCGUUAGACUUGGAGCAAAUGUAUAAGCAAGUAGUGACCUAUCUACCAAGUUAUGCUUGUCCUCUUUUUUUAAGAGUCCAGGAAAAAAUGGAAAUUACUGGAACAUUCAAACAACAAAAAUUUCGACUGGUGGAUGAAGGUUUUAAUCCAUCUACAGUUACUGAUCCUCUUUAUUUUUUAGAUAAUUCUAAGAAAGCAUAUGUCUUGCUAACCAAAGAAGUACAUGAGAUGAUCUUAUCUGGGAAAAUUAAACUUUAA